AAAUCACCCUCACAUCUGGCUGCUCUUCUUCCUCAGCUUCCCGGCUGGCCUUUGCAUUGGAUGGAUGGACAUCAUGGUGGAUUACUACAAAAUCCUGGAUGUUCCCCAAAGUGCCUCUAUGAGUGAUAUUAAAAGAGCGUACAGGAGUAAAGUGCUCAGGUGGCACCCAGAUAAAAAUCCAGAUAACAGGGCAGAAGCUGAACAGAAGUUCAAGGAGGUUGUGGAAGCCUACAAAGUCCUUUCAGACAGAAGCACUCGUAACCAGUAUGAUGGGGGCAGCACAGAGACUUUCAAGGAAACAAAGAGAUCUGAGGAUGAGAAGCACCUGUCUGUGUUUGAUCAUGAUGGCAUCAAAAUAUUCUUCACAAAACAACGUUCUUCUUCAGAUUUUUCUGUAUCCUUCUUCAGCGCUCCUAAAAGGUUCCAUCACUUUUCCAUCGUGACUGCCUUCAUGAAUGGCAAAAAAAUCACAACCAAAAGACAUCUCGAGAAUGAAAGCAAGUACUUGGAAGUAGAAGAGGACGGGAAGACGGUAUCUAUCCAUGUUAAUGGCAUACCUGUUUACGAUAGAGAAAUUAACGCAAACAACUGGGAUUACAGGUUGGACAGGGGCUACUAUUAUCCAGAAAAGAAUCGGUUUUGGACAUGUGAAAGGCGUCGGUGGGCAGAAGACUGGCGGCGCUGGGCAAGCCAAUGGCGAGACUGGGCAGAAGAGUGUCGAGACUGGGCUGAAGGAAAGCAACAUGAGAAAGACAAGUGCUUUUCUGGGGCUAAUGCUGGUCAUCGCUGGGCAAAAGCAGCACAGGGUCCAAAGGCUAGUGAGGAACAUCUCAGGUCAGACAGGGGUUGUCCUAGGCCAGGGGAAGGGAAAUGUGAUCUGAAAGAGGGGCAUAAGACUAAUAAGGGACUAUCUCGCCCAGAAGUGGAACACUCCAAGUCAGAUAAAGGGUAUUUUGUGUUUCCCAAGCCAGGUGAGAAUUCUGGACCAGAUGAAGGGCAUCUCAAGGCAUACAAGAGGCAACAGAGAGUGGACGAGGGGCAUCCCCCAUCAGAUAAGAACAGCCCAGGAGUUGUUAGGCUGGGGGAGGGACAUACGGAUCAGGACAAGGGGCAUGCCACAUGGAAAAAAGAGCAGCCUAGGCAGGACGAGGGGCAGUCCAGGCCAGAUAAGGGGUCCCUCAGUCACAUGAAACCAGACCCUGUGUAUAAUGAAUCAGCUAUGAAGCACAAGGUGGUUUCUGAACACAACCCUCAGGCUGGGAAUAGGGAGCCUCAUGCUGGGAAACAGAAGCAACCGGCAGAAAGAUGCAACCCACGUGCUGUGAAAAGCGAAAAGCUGCUCAGAAAGAAUGAGCCGAAGGAUGACAAGCCAGAGUCCAAAGGUGAGAAGAACAGGCUUACUUUAGAGUCUGAACCUGGGAAGGGAACAGAAUUCAGUGGUAUGAAGGGAAAGGCUUGUGCUGAUACUAAAGUGGCUCCUCAAACACAUCUGACUUCCUCUGGUGGCAAAGUGCUGCCGCUGAAAAGGAAAGAGCCCCAGAUUCGGGUAAGAAAGCCGUAUGGCAAGAGGAGCAGGUCUCAAGCUGGAAGGAGGUCAUCGCACGGUGGUAGGAGCAAGUCCCGGGCAGGGAAGAAUAGGGUGCCUGAUGGACAAAGUAAGGCAGAGCCUGGGGGGAGCAGCUCAUCUAAAAGACUCGAUGAAGAACAGCCUGAGGGGAAUGACAUAGCUAAAGAACCCGGUAAAGGAAAGCCUGAGAGGAACGACUCAGUUGAAGGAUGCAGUUUAGGAGAGCCUGAGGGGAAUGGCUCAGCCAAUGGAAGCAGGGAGGUGCCUCCUGAGGGGAAGCAGACACAGGCAGAUUCUAAGGGUGCACUGCAAGGUCGGAAAAAGGGACCUCUAUCAGCUCUCCUGGGGGGUGACAUUUCUCUCCCAACAAAACACAGACUGCUCAGAAGAACAGCACAAUCUCGCCUCUUAUCUGAAGUCCAGGGUGAAAAGCAUCAGUACGUAUCUGAAACGAGCCAGGUCAUCAGCAUGAAUGACCAACGGAGAAGGAGACUGACUAAACUCCCUCAGUCUAGUACACAGCUUCCAAGUAUUGAAGGCCAGAAACUUGGAGCGAAUCAGUUCCCAAAUGUGACUCAUUGACCACGGAUAUGUUCAAGCUAGCUGGCUCACAUUUAAGCUCACCGUCUUGCUCACUGAUUUGUGAUCACCUCUGACUUCUGUGUUCACACCAGGCAGUGCAGGACCCCACAUUUGCUGGGCUGCAAUAGGAAGGAGAGUUUCCAGAGAUUGUGGUCU